GUAGCCGGUACAUGUGGUACAGGACGCAGCUUCGCUAACUAGCUUCGUCAUUCGCCUCAUAACUAGGCUGACCCGCCCGGAAGUGAGAGCAGCUGUAUGCCAGCGCCACUGCAAUAUAAGGCCGACCCGGCUGGUCACCGUCCAAGAUCCCUGUGAGCCACGGCCACCGUCAAGGAUCACCACUGCGAGUGAGCGAGUGCCGCGACGGAGGGGAUGAGCCACGGCGUGGCGGCGAGGAAGCGCUUCGGCGGCGUCGGCUUCGCGCUCGGCUGCGGCUGCAAGGACCCCAAGGCCGUGGCCGUCGCGGUGGGGGUGGCCGCCUCGUCCCCGCGCUCCGGCACGGAGGCGUCCACGGCCACCACGGCCACGUCGCGCAGGGCGAGGACGCACCCGUCGGGGUCGGGGUCCACCGGCACGCUCACCGUGCCCUCCGCCUCCUCCUCCUCCUUCCUCUGGGAGGACGCCGAGGCCGACGGCGACGAGGUCGAGUUCAAGCGGCCCAGCUCCGCCACCACGCCCAGCUUCUCCGGCCUGCUGCGCGAGCUCAGGGAGCUGGAGCAAAGCGUCAAGUCGUCCUGCGCGCGCAAGAGCCUCGAGAGAAACCACUCCUCCCCACCGCCGCCGCCGCCCCUGCCCCCGCAGUUGCCUCCGCGGCCCCUGCAGCGUCGAGCUGACAAGGCCAGUAGCAUCAAAGAAGGCCACGGGGACUUCUCGCCGCCGUCCCCUCCUCCUCCACCACCGCUGCCCCCGCCUCUCCGGCCACCACAGCGACGAGUCGUGCGCGGCGACGACAAGCCCAGCAUCAAAGAAGAAGGGCACGGGGACUUCUCGCCGCCGCGGCCGCCGCCGCUAUCUCCGACCCAGCAGCAUCGGAGGGUGAGGAGCAUCGACAAAGUCAACGGACACGAAGGAGACCCGCGAUUCACGCCGCUGCCACCUCGCCCGCUGCCUCCUCCUCCGCCGCUGGAGCCGCUCCCGCGCGCGAAGACCGAGGAGGAGGAUGCGAGCGCCAAGAAGAAGAUAGAAGACACGACGAAGCGCGCGUCGACGCCGCCGAAACACCGGAAAGCGAGGAGCUGCGACGCCACCACCGGCGCCAACAACCACUACAGGCUGGACGGGAGCGUGGCGGUGGUGAAGCAGUCGGAGGACCCGCUGGGCGACUUCCGGCGGUCCAUGCUCAACAUGAUCGUGGAGAACGGGAUCGUGGCGGGGGACGAGCUCCGCGAGCUGCUGCGACGGUUCCUGGCGCUCAACGCGCCCCGCCACCACGACGCCAUCCUCCGCGCCUUCGCCGAGAUCUGGGACGAGGUGUUCGCCGUGCCCGCCGCGGCCGAAACCCAGCCACGGGAGCAGCCCACGUUCAAGCAAGCAGCGGCUCCGCGGCAGAGGACGCCGCCGCGCCGCCGGCCGCAGCCUCCGCCGGCGUGGCGCGUGUAGCGGCCCGCGCGCGUCAUGUCAUACGUGGCAGCAAAAUUUCUACUACAAUGUGGUAGCGUAGCUAGAUUGCUUCCGAGAAAUCGUCGAUCUUUGCCUGAUAUUGAUGCAUCCGCUGGAUUCCCUGGUUCUGUCCCGCACUUUUUUUGAAUGUUCUUUCGCACACCGGCACUAUUUCUUUCAA